AUGGAAACAUCACAGAUACGAAAUGGUUUUAAUAAAGUUGAAGUAGACGUAGUAGGACCAUUAAAAGAUUUAUUAGUAAGAGUAAUGAAAAAUAUUAAUACACCAUUUAAAAUUUUAAAUGAAACUUUUAAAAUCAAUUAUUGUGAUCAACAAGAAACCAAAACAAAAUCAUCAUUUUAUAUUCAAACAUUAGACGCAAAUGAUAAAUCAUCGCUAGAGUUAACAAAAUCUGCAAUUAAAAAUAUUCAAAUGCAGCAACAACAGCAGCAACAACAACAACAGCAACAACAGCAACAACAGCAUCACGAUAUAUUUCAAUUUACACAACCUUCAUCAUCACAUAAUCAUAGCAAUCAUCAUCAUCAUCAUCAUCAACAACAAUUGCAACAACAACAACAACAACAAUUACAACAACAAAUGAAAACACCAAAAUUACUAUUUUUUAUAGUUAUGAGCGUUGGUGUUGGAAAAUCAUAUAUAAAAAAUAUUAAAGAAGAAGCAGGUACAAUACCAAUACUUGAAUGGUUUACAAAUUAUAUUAGAUCAUGGGAAGAAGUUUUUAAAUUAACAUCAAAUCAAGUAACUAGUCAUAUAAAAAGACAAUUAUUAACAAAAGCGUGUACAACUGGUAAUAUUAAUUUAUUGGAUGAAAUUUUAUUAUCUGGUAUAUCAAAGGAACAAAUUAAAGAAACACAAACUAUUGGACAUGGUAUUAUAUUAAAAUCAUUAAUAGUAAAUAAUUUAGAUUCAAUAGUAGUAUCAGGAUCAAUGUCAUUAUUAGGAGCGGUUAUUGAUAAUGAUAAUGAUAAAAAAGGGUCAUCAUUAAUUCUUUCAAAAUUAAAUUUAAAUUUGUUUCCAAAAUCAAUUAUAACUGCAUGUUUUAAUUUGGCGGAAUUAGAUUUAAGUUAUAAUAAUAUUAAAGAGAUACCAAAAGAAAUUUGUCAAUUAAAACAUUUGAAAAUUUUAAAUAUGAAUAAUAAUCAAUUGGAUGAUUUACCAUUGGAAUUAGCAAAUUUAACAAAUUUAAAGUAUUUAGCGGUUCAAGAUAAUCCAUUAAAUAAAUUUCCACAUCAUAUUAUUGAACAAGGUACAAAGAGGACUUUGGUGUUUUUAAAGAAUAUAAUCGAAGGUAAAAAGAGUGAAACUUGGAAUAAAGUGAAAUUGAUGUUUGUAGGUCAAGAAGGUGUUGGUAAAUCAAGUCUUUGUAAAGCAUUGAUGGGUUCACGUAGAAGAAGCUCUUCAUCAUUUGCUGCUGAACUUCAAAAAAGUGGUGACACUAUCUCAACAGAGGGUGUAAAGAUUCAAAGUAUUAAAGGAAAGAAAAUAGAUUUCUAUGCUUGGGAUUUCGGUGGUCAACAAGUAUUUUAUCCAACUCAUCAAUUCUUUUUAACAAAUCAGGCAUUAUAUCUAUUGGUUUUUAAAUUAACUGAUCCAAAUUUCGCUGAAAGAGUAAACUAUUGGACACUUCAAAUUAAAGCAAAUUCUGGUCUAUCUGUACCAAUGAUAUUUUUAGUUGGUACUCAUUGUGAUGCUUGUACACCUGAACAAUUAUCAUCAGCUGAACAAAUUCUAAAAGAAAACUUCGUAAAAUAUUCACGUAUAAGACAAAAUGCUAUAAGCUUUGUAUCUUGUACAAAUGGUACUGGUAUAAAAGAAUUAAAAAAAAUUUUAACAAAUGAAGCUGAAAAAUCAAAUUUAAUUAAAUCAAAUAUACCUGGUAGUUAUUUAAUUUUAGAACAACGUUUAACUGAUAGAGGUGCAAAUUCAAGUAGAAUAUUAAUUAAUCAAAAUAAUAUUAAUCAAAAUAAUAAUAAUAAUAAUAAUAAUAAUAAUCAUAAUAAUUGUAAUAAUAAUGAAAAUUGUACAACAACAGCAGCAACAGCAGGAACAACAACAAUGACAUCAACAACAACAACAACAACAAAUUAUUCAAAUGAAAAUAUAUUAAAUACUAGUUCAAAUAGUUUAAUUGCAUUAUUUACAAGAAGUAAUAGUAAUUCAAAUUUAUCAAAUAAUUAUCAAAAACCAUUGGUUAAUCAAAAAUAUAUUGAUUAUAAUGAUUUUGAAAGAGAAUGUAAAUUAUCACAUUUAGCUCAAGAAGAAAUUCAGGGUGCAACUGAAUUUCUUCAUAAUAUGGGUAUAAUUUUACAUUAUGAUACACCGAUUUUAAGGAGUUUAGUUGUAUUGGAUCCACAAUGGUUAGCUGAUGUAAUGUCAUCUUUAAUUACAUUUUCACAUAAUUGGAUUAAAAAUGGUAUUUUAAAUCAUUCAGAAUUGGUUUCAAUUUGGAGUGGUAAAUAUGAUCAAUCAAUUUGGCCAUCAUUAUUAAAACUAUUGGAGAAAUUUGAAGUAUCCUAUGAGUUACCAAAUGAAUUCCCAUCAAGAUCUUUAAUACCAUCUUUAUUACCAGAGGAACCAAUCGAUAGAAUUCAAGAGAUUAAAGAAAAACUAUGGAUACCAUUACCAGAAGCAAUUGAAAGUAAGAGAGUUCAAAUUUUCGGGUGUCAAUAUAAUUUCGAUUUUAUGCCAUUAGGUUUCUUUCCACGUCUUUUAUUAAGAAUUUUAUUAAUUAAAGGUAUUGAUAUUAAAACUUAUUGGGCAAAUGGCAUACUUUUAGAUAUUUUAACAACAGAAGAUAUUAAAAUUCAAAAAUUAAAUCAUAAAAAACAUUCAAUUCUUCCAAAUAAUUCAUCAUCAACAUCAUCGUCAACAUCAUCAUCAACAUCAUCAUCAACAUCAUCAUCAUCAUCAUCAUCAACAUCAUCAUCAUCAACAUCAACAACAACAACCACUGUUCAAAUUCAAUCAUCACCAUUUGGAAAUUCAACAACCAUUGUAAAUAAAUUAACAAAUAUAGAUAAUAAUAAUAAUAAUAAUAAUAAUAAUAAUAAUAAUAAUAACAACAACAAUAAUAUUAAUAAUAAUAAUAAUAAUAAUAAUAAUAAUAAUAAUAAUAAUAAUAAUAAUAAUAAUAAUAAUAAUAAUAAUAAUAAUAAUAAUAAUAAUAAUAAUAAUAAUAUUAAAAAUAUUAUUAAUAAUUUUGAAAAUCAAAAUAAUUUAAAUAAUAUAAUAACAAAUAAUUUUGGAGGAAAAUUUGAAAUUAUAAAGAAAAAUGAUUUUGAAUCACCUUUAUCAUCAAAGAAACCAAAACAUCAAGUAUUAGUAACAUUUAAAAAUCAAAAAUCAUUUGAAUCAAAAGAUAAGGAUACCUAUAAAUUGAAUGUAGAGAUUAGAUCUUUUAAUGUUUCAAAUAACAAUGAUAAAGAUUUUUUAGCUUCAUUAUUUUUUCAACAACUUUUAUCAACAAUCGAUACACUAUUAUCAGGUUCAUAUGGUGGUUUAAAGGUUACUCGUCUGAUACCAUGUAUUCAUUGUAUUGAAAAGGACCCACAUUCAGAACCACAUCUUUUCGACAUUAAUAGUUGUAUUUCACAAUUAUUGCUUGGUAAAUCACAAUUGGUAUGUGGUAAAGAUUCAACUACCCCAGUCCGUAUUGACUAUAUUGCUCCAGAUCUUUCGAUUAAAAAAAUACCAAUCCUUUUAGAGGACCAAGUGGUUUGCGAAGAACAAAUCGGUGUUGGUGGUUUUGGUUUAGUUCAUAAAGGUAAACUCAUUCUUCAAGAUAAAUCAUUGGUAGUUGCAAUUAAAUCCUAUAUCGUUGGUAAUAGUAGUGCCUCUGAUAUCAUUAGAAAAUUUCAAGAAUUUCAUCAUGAAAUGUAUAUCAUGUCAUCGUUAAAUCAUUUGAACAUUGUAAAACUAUUUGGUUCAAUGCAAAACCCACCAAGAAUGGUUAUGGAAUUUGCACCACAUGGUGAUCUCUAUCAUUUCCUAGAAAAAAAAAAAAAUAUUAAAUGGUCUUUCAAAGUGAGACUUAUGCUUGAUAUAGCAAAAGGUAUCGAAUAUUUACAAAAUCAAAAUCCUCCAAUCGUUCAUCGUGAUCUACGUUCACCAAAUAUUUUCCUAUUUUCUCUUGAUGAGAAUGCUCCAGUCUGUGCAAAAGUAGCCGACUUUGGUCUAUCUCAACAAUCUCUUUACUCUGUCAGUGGUUUAUUAGGAAAUUUUCAAUGGAUGGCUCCUGAAACAAUUGGUGCUGAAGAAUCAUACACUGAAAAAAUUGAUACCUAUAGUUUUUCAAUGAUUCUCUUUACAAUUCUAACUGGUGAAUGUCCAUUCGAUGAAUUUACCUCAUUCGGUAAAAUGGAAUUUAUUAGAAAGAUUAGAGAAGAGGACCUUCGUCCAACAAUUCCUUCUGACUGUCCACCAACUAUCUCAAACCUAAUAGAAUUAUGUUGGUCCGGUGACCCAAAAAAAAGACCUCACUUUAGUUAUAUUGUUAAAGAAUUAACAAAUUUUUAUUAUAACCUUAAUCUAAGCCCCAUCCCUGAACAAAAAUCAAUUAAUGAUAAAUCACCACACCCUGAUUUAAUUUCAAAUGGAGUUCCAAAAUUACAAAUUGCUAAAUAA